UCUAAUCUUCUUUAGUGUUCUUAGUUUCUUUUUCUUAUUUUCUUACUUUCUUAGUUCUUGAAAUGUUACAUAGUUGAAUGAACGUUUAAUUUAUUCAUAAUUUAUUAUUUUGCAUUACUUUCAUAAGGCACACUGACACAGAUAAAUAUAUAAAUCAAAGCAGGCACCAGUUUUCACAUUUUUUAUUAUAACUUAUAAAUUAUUAUCCAACUCUGACUAACAGGUAGUAUGUCACAAAAGUUUUUUAAUAAUUUAAACAUACUUGAAGAGUAUGAAAAUAUUCAUGCUAAAUGGUGUGCUGAAUUAAUAGCAAAUGGACGACAAACACUUCUAUCAAUAUGUAAUAUUAUUGAUAAUGAUCUGCUAAUAAGUUUGAUGGACAGUUUUAUGAGAUUUGUCUCAUUACUUGCUCGAUGUCAUCCUGAUUCAUUAUCAGAUGGAAAAAACAUUAUUAAACCAAGUGAUCCAACUUUAAAACAACAAAAUGGAAACCAAGAAUUAUUACCAAAGAAUGAUGUUAUCAAGAUGAUGAAUAGUGAUCUCCAAUGUCCAAUUUGCAAUGAAUGGCUAUUUAAAGCAACUUCUGCAAAUUGCAAUCAUACAUUUUGUGAAUCAUGCAUAAAAAAAUGGUUAAAAAUAAAAAAAACAUGUCCAGUUUGCCGUACACCAAUUCAAUAUACUUCAACUUCUAUAGCAGUGGAUAAUUUUAUCACAAACCUGUGUCAUUUAUUUGGUGGUUUUACUAAGGAACGCAGAGAAUCAAUAAUGAAUGCUCGUAUAGAUGAUAAUAAAGAAACUAAUGUUGAUGUUACAAUUGAUGAACUAAUUAAUGAUUUCAAUAUUGAUCAGUCGAUUGAAGUUGAUACAUUUAUUAGCCAAAACGAUACUAUUCCAACAAUGUCACAUCCAAAUAUGGUUCGUUUAAUACCUUUUCCUCAAACACCUGUAUCUAGAGAGAAUUCAAGACAACCAAUAGUUAGCCCUAAUACACCUCAUCCUAACACAGUCCAAUUAUUACCUUUUCCUCAAUCAUCCAUAGCAUCUGUUGCUAGCCCACGUUCUAAUCGCAUUCAACCAACAUCUUCGACAUAUGUGCUUAGUUCACAUGUUAAUCGUUUGCAGUCUACUUCUUCAACAUCUGUAUUUAGUCCACGUGUUAAUCGUUUACAACACACUUCUCCAAUAUCUAUAGUUAGCCAACGUAUUAAUCGUAAUCAACCAACAUCAUCAACAUCUGUUGCCAACUUAAAUACUCAUCGCCUUAGAACUAACGCAAAUAUUGGGUCAUCUCCAUUAAGAACACAAAAUAUCAAAUAUUAUUAACCCAUUAUAAUUCAAAAUAUUCAUAAACAAGUAGUCUACAAUAAAAUCUUAAGUAUAAACUAAAUUUAUAUCAUCUUAAUGGGCCAUUGAUAAAUUCAUUAAAAAAAUUAUUAAGUACUUAUGGAUAAUAGUUUCAAAUUAUUGAGAAGAUUAUAAUAAAUUUUUAUAUUUCCUAUUCUGUAUUGACUUUAAAAAUUUUUUUUUUUUAAUUUGUGUAUAGUUCACAGUUGUUGUUUUUUAUUAUUAUUUAAUGUAUACUCUUUUUGAUAUAAAACGAUGAUCUAACCCUUUGUCUAAUUAAGAACCUUGACACAAAAUUGCUGUCACAGAUCUGACUAUUGUAUUGAAUGAAAAUUCUAGUCAUCAUGUUUUUCUUAAUGAAUAUAAUGUAUUGCAACAAAACUGAUGAUUAGAAUAAGUAACAUUUAAUUUUAUUGAAAUAAUUA